GUGUUUUAUUUCUUGGUAAAUAGUGAGUCUUCUCCGGAUUACUGCAGGAGGAGACAGUUUUUAGAAGUCUUCUCCGGAUUACUGCAGGAGGAGACAGUUUUUAGAAGAACUGAAUAUCAUCCUGUUCCAGGUCUCCUGCUCCUAGUGUCGACUUCCCAAACUGUUUCAAAUUUAGCUAUGGAAAAACACUCAACCAGAACAUUUCACACAGAGGUUAAACUAGAAGAAGGAACAAACACGGCAUCCACAAAAAUCUCCAAUGCUCUGCAAACAUCCUCGCCUACCCCUCCCAAACAAAUGCAGAAAAGUACGGGCAAGAAACUCUGCUCAGACUGUGGGAAGAGUUUUAGUCAACAGAGUCAUCUCCAACAACACCAGCGCAUUCACACUGGAGAGAAACCGUAUCACUGCUCAGACUGUGGGAAGAGUUUUAGUUAUCAGAAUCUUCUCCAACGACACCAGCGCAUUCACACUGGAGAGAAACCGUAUCACUGUUCAGACUGUGGGAAGAGUUUUAGCCGUCAGAGUACUCUCCAACAACACCAGCGCAUUCACACUGGAGAGAAACUGUAUCACUGCUCAGACUGUGGGAAGAGUUUUAGCCGUCAGAGUACUCUCCAAAAACACCAGCGCAUUCACACUGGAGAGAAACCGUAUCACUGCUCAGACUGUGGCAAGUGUUUUAGUCAUCAGAGUUAUCUCCAUCAACACCAGCGCAUUCACACUGGAGAGAAACCGUAUCACUGCUCCGACUGUGGAAGGAGUUUUAACUGUCAGAGUAAUUUCCAAAUACACAGGCACAUUCACACUGGAAAGAAACCGUAUCACUGCUCAGACUGUGGGAAGAAUUUUAGUCAUCAGAGUACUCUCCAAAUACACCAGCACAUUCACACUGGAGAGAAACCGUAUCACUGCUCAGACUGUGGGAAGAGUUUUAGUCAUCAGAGUACUCUCCAAAUACACCAGCACAUUCACACUGGAGAGAAACCGUAUCACUGCUCAGACUGUGGGAAGAGUUUUAAUCAACUGAGUCAUCUCCAACAACACCAGCGCAUUCACACUGGAGAGAAACCUUAUUACUGUUCAGACUGUGGGAACAGUUUUAGUCGUCAGAGUAUCCUUCAACGACACCAGCGCAUUCACACUGGAGAGAAACCGUAUCACUGCUCAGACUGUGGGAGGAGUUUUAACUGUCAGAGUAAUCUCCAAAAACACCAGCGCAUUCACACUGGAGAGAAACCGUAUUAUUGCUCUGAAUGUGAGAAGUGCUUCCGGUGUUCAAGUAGUUUGAAGAGACACAAAUGCAUUAAGAUUAGUUAUAGAACUGGUCCUUAAAACAUCAGUUUAACUUUUCAGGAGUAACAGUUAACUCCAAAAAGAGGUAGCAAACUGGAUGUAGAGUAGAAAAUCCAGCAAAGAACUGAACACUGACCUGUUCCUGGUCUCCUGCUCCUAGUGUCGACUUUCCAACCUGUUGGAAAUUUAGCCAUGGAAAUACACUCAACCAGAACAUUUCACAAAGAGGUUAAACUAGAAGAAGAAACAAACA